AUGCCUGCUCCUUCUAUUCAUGAACAUAAUAAAGGAUUGGAUGCUCUUGAGGAUCAAGAAGAAAUCGGCGAGGAUGAGUGUGCCAUAGACGAGGAAGUUGACAUUAAUUGUAGUACAAAAGAUUCUAAAAACAGGAAACAACAACGGUGGAGGCAUCAAAUGCGGCCAAUUAAUUUUGCAAGAAUACGCGUGGCAUUGAGUGCAACAAAACAAAACGAGGAACCAUCGCAACCUAAAAUGUUUAUUGCAACUCGUACAGAGACGGAAAAGGAAAUUCAGGCCGAUACCCAAGUUGCAAUAACUGAACUUCAGAAUCGUCAAAAUUCUGGGGAAACAACUGAUGAUGCCUUUAGGGCAGUGUUUGGAAAGGAGCAGCCUGACCGACUUAGGUGCUAUGGCAGAUCAGUGACAACAAGUUCUCUGAAAGAAGAUGAAGAAACUAACAAGCUAAAACAAAAGCAUGCUAAUGAAAUCAGUUCUCUGAAGGAAGAAAUGAAUGAAAUAAGAGUAGAAAUGCGACAUUUUUUUAGUCAAUUGCUGCAAAACAACCCUGCAUUGAAUGUUCAAGAUAUACCAGGGGUUGUUGGAUCUAACCUUGUUUCACCUGUUGAUGCAAGUAGCGCACAAGCUGUAAGAGGCCAAAAUAUUCCACAUUCUUCGGGGUCAACUCAUGAUUCGGUUCUUCAAAAGGGAAAUGGAGGUGAUCAAAUUUGAAGGGUCGCUACAAGUCAAUUUGAUCUCAUUGAAGUGGAA